AAAAGAUGUCGGUGCUGGCGAAGACGGACUCAGAGGUGAGCAGCCUAUCGCAGUCGUCGCCGUCGCGGUCACCGGGCCGUGGCGGGCGGCCCGUUUACUACGUGCAGAGCCCAUCACGGGACUCCCACGAUGGGGAGAAGACGACCAACUCGUUCAACUCCAGCCCAGUGCUGAGCCCAAUGGGCUCGCCGCCGCACUCCCACUCCAACUCGUCGCUCGGCCCACAUUCCCGUGACUCGUCGUCGACGCGCUUCUCCGGGUCGCGGAAGCACACCAACAAUGGCAGUGGGUCGAACCAGAAAGGGUCUGGUUGGAGGCCGUGGAAGGAUCGGUUUGACGCCAUUGAAGAAGAAGGGCUUCUUGACGACGAUGGAAUCGCGCGUGGUAACACUCGCCGUGGGUAUUUUCUUGCUUUUGUUGUGGGGUUUUUUGUGCUGUUUUCUGUGUUUUCGUUGAUUCUCUGGGGUGCAAGUAGGUCUCAAAAGCCUGCCAUCACUAUGAAGAGCAUUGUGUUUGAUCAAUUUGUGAUCCAAGCGGGAGCAGAUUUCUCAGGUGUGGCCACAGAAAUGGUGUCCAUGAAUUCCACAGUGAAGCUCACCUUUCGAAACACUGCCACAUUUUUUGGUCUCCAUGUCACAUCUACACCACUAGAUCUCUCCUAUUCUCAGCUCACCGUAGCCACUGGAACCAUGGGGAAAUUUUACCAGGCAAGAAUGAGCCAGAGAUCCGUUAUAGUAACGCUCAGAGGAAGGAAUAUUCCGUUGUAUGGAGGGGGAGCGAGCUUGGGAAGCUCAAAUGGUGCGCCGAUUCAACCGGUGCCGCUGACCCUCAACUUCAUGGUUCGCUCAAGAGCCUAUGUUUUGGGGAAAUUGGUUAAGCCCAAGUUCUAUAGGAGGAUACAGUGCUCAGUGGUUAUGGAUCCGAAGAAGAUGAACACAGCCAUUACCCUCGGAAACAAGUGCACUUACCAGAACAGGUGA